AUGUUGCGGGCUUUCAGCAGAAGACCAGUAAGAGAUCCAGAGAUCAGAUCUGCUGUAAUGGACCAGGAAGAACGGAGGAUCGUGCUGCUGGGGAGGACUGGUGUUGGGAAAAGUGCAACAGGAAACACCAUCCAGGGAAGAAAUGCUUUCAGAUCAGAACGAUCUUUAUAUACUGUUACAAAACACAGUGAACUUGCCGAAGCUGAGAUAGGAGGAAACCGUGUACUUGUGGUUGAUACACCAGGAUUUAUUGACACAGCACUGCCUCAAGAUCAGUUAGCGAGGGAGUUUGGCAGGAGUGUUUAUCUCUCACAACCAGAAGUUCAUGCAUUCAUUCUGGUUUUUAAAUAUGAUUCAUUUACAGAAUGUGAAGAGGAAAUUAUUAAGAAGUUACAGCAGGUUUAUGGUGAGCAGGUUACAGAUCACAUGAUCAUUUUGUUUACUCAUGGUGACGGAAGGAAGGUAGGAAAUAAAGUAAUAGAUCAGGAAAGAGACAAAAAUGAACAUCUCAGAAGGGUUUUAGAUCAGUGUGGAGGAAGAUUUCACAUCUUUAAUAAUGCAGAACCACAGAACAGACAGCAGGUGGCUGAACUUCUGCAGGAGAUAGACAGGAUGGUGCAGUGGAAUAGAGGAUUCUGCACUAAUGGGAUGUAUAAGGAAGUUAACAGUUCAUGCUGGGACAAAUUCUGGCAAAAAGACGUGUUUAUAAUAGCAGUUCGUAUUUUGAAUCAGAAGUGGAGGCAGGUAGAGAGACUGAGUCGACAGUUUUCAGUGCAGGUGCAGAGAAGUAGUAUGGAGCAGUUAAAUUUGAUGUAG